AUGGCUAAGAAACAUAAACUCACAUCCCAACAACGUAAAGAGAUCCGUAAAAGGGAAGAACAAGCUUUAAAAGAUCUUGAACAACGUAUCCAAGAUUAUGAUCCAAAAUUAAAUAAAAUUUCACAAUUUAAAGAUUUACCAAUAAGUAACAAUACUUUAAGUGGGUUAACUGAAUCAAGUUUUGUUUCAUUGACUGAUAUUCAAAAGGAAUCUAUACCCUCUGCCCUUAAAGGUGAUGAUAUUCUUGGUGCUGCAAGAACAGGUUCUGGUAAAACUUUAGCAUUUUUAAUUCCAGUUAUUGAAAAAUUAUAUAGAGCUAAAUGGACAGAAUUAGAUGGAUUAGGUGCUUUAAUCAUUUCACCUACAAGAGAAUUAGCUAUUCAAAUUUAUGAAGUUCUUGUUAAGAUUGGUAGACAUAAUUCAUUUUCUGCUGGGUUAGUUAUUGGUGGUAAAGAUGUUAAAUUUGAAAUGGAAAGAUUAUCCAAGAUUAAUAUCUUGAUUGGUACACCUGGUAGAAUCUUACAACAUUUAGAUCAAACUGUUGGUAUGGAUACAAAUAAUUUACAAAUGUUAGUCUUAGAUGAAGCUGAUAGAAUUUUGGAUAUGGGGUUUAAGAAAACUUUAGAUGAUAUUGUAUCAAAUUUACCACCAACAAGACAAACUUUAUUAUUCAGUGCAACUCAAUCAAAAUCAAUUUCUGAUUUAGCAAGAUUAUCAUUAACAAAUCCUAAAUACAUUGGUGUUAAAGAAACUGAUGAUCAAAUUGCUACACCAGAAUCUUUACAACAAUCUUAUAUUACAGUUAAUUUAGAAGAAAAAUUAGACACACUAUUCAGUUUUAUCAAGACACAUUUAAAAGCUAAGAUUCUUGUUUUUUUAUCAACUUCCAAACAAGUUCAUUAUGUUUAUGAAACUUUUAGAACAAUGCAACCAGGUGUUUCAUUAAUGCAAUUACAUGGUAGACAAAAACAAACUGCAAGAACUGAAACUGUUUAUAAAUUUUCCAAAGCUCAACAUGUUUGUCUUUUCGCAACAGAUGUUGUUGCUAGAGGUAUUGAUUUCCCUUCAAUUGAUUGGGUUAUUCAAGUUGAUGCACCAGAAGAUGCAGAUACUUAUAUUCAUAGAGUUGGUAGAGCUGCAAGAUUUGGUAAAACUGGGAAAUCUUUAUUAAUGGUUACACCAUCAGAAGAAGAAGGUAUGUUGAAAAGAUUAGAAUCCAAAAAAAUCAUACCAAAUAAAUUAAAUAUAAAACAGGCCAAGAAAAGAUCAAUAAGAUCUCAAAUGCAAGCUUUAUGUUUUAAAGAUCCAGAAUUGAAAUAUUUGGGACAAAAAGCAUUCAUAUCAUAUGUUAAAUCUAUUUAUAUACAGAAGGAUAAAGAUGUUUUCAAACCUGAAGAAUUACCAGUUGAAGAAUAUGCUAAAUCAUUAGGUUUACCAGGUGCACCAAAAAUUAAGAUAAAAGGUGGUACAAAGAAUAAAGAAUUGAAAAAUGCAUCAAGACAAUUAUUAGCUCUGUCUAAGGCAAAUGAAGAUGGUGAAUUUGAUGAAGAAGAAGCUAAGAAAGUUCGUACCAAAUAUGAUCGUAUGUUUGAACGUAAGAAUCAAAAUGUUCUUUCUGAACAUUAUUUGAAUAUUACAAAUGAAGUUAAUAAGCAUGGUAAAGGAGGUGAUGAACAAGAUGAUGGUGAAGACGAUGAUGAAGAUGAUUUCAUUGCUGUUAAGAGAACUGAUCAUGAUAUAAAUGAAGAAGAUUUACCAGAUUUAAUUGCACCAGAAUCUAAGAGAGCUGCAAAGAGAGCAUUAUCUAAGAAACAAUCAAUAAAUGAAAAAGGUAAUCCAACAAAAUUGAAAUUUGAUGAUGAUGGUGUUGCUCAUCAAUUAUAUGAAUUUGAAGAUGAAGAAGAUUUCCAAAAAAUUAGAAAAAAACGUAAAAGACAAGAAGCCGAAAGAAGAGCUAUGGAAGAAGAUUAUUCAUCAGAUGAAGAAUCUGGUGAACCUGUUGUGUAUUUGGGUGCUCCAAGUGGUGAUAUUGAUCAAGAUUACGGUAUGGGUGAUGAUGAUGAUGAUCAAAGUUCUGAUGAAGAUUCUGAUGAUCAACCACCAUCUAAGAAGGCUAAAUGGUUUGAAAACGAUAAAGUUGGUGGCCGUGAACGUGACGAUGAACCACAAAUUUUGGAAUUGGAACAACCUGAAACUAUUGAAGAUUUAGAAGCAUUAACUUCAAGAUUGAUUUCUCAAUAG